AAAACAUUCCAGGGUCGAGCGUCGAGCGGCAGACGAUCGAAAUGUGAAGGGAAAAUAUCAACACAAUCUCUUCGAAAAUGGGCAACUGUCUCUUGCUUCUUGGACUCAAGAAGCAGAAGAGGCCUGUCACACUGCUGUUGGUGGGUUUAGACAAUGCUGGCAAAACGACGGCAGCGAAGGGAAUCGUUGGAGAUCCUGUAGAAGAUACCACACCAACAGUAGGCUUUGCCCCAGAAUACCUAGAAUAUAGAGGCUGUGAAAUUACUAUAUAUGACUUAGGUGGAGGCAGUCGAAUCAGGCCAGUGUGGUCUAAGUAUUUCUCUGAGGUCCAUGGUGUAAUAUUUGUUGUGGAUUCAAGUGAUCCUAAUAGAAUACAGGAAUGUAGAGAUGUUCUUUCAAAUCUUCUGUCAGACAGAAAAGUUGCAGGGAAACCAGUCCUUAUACUUGCCAACAAGCAAGAUGUAGAAGGUGCCAUGGAUGAGAUAGACCUUGUAGAAUCUCUCAAGAUAGAACAAGUUGUUAAUAAAUACAAAUGUCCAACGAGAGUGGAAACCUGCUCGGCCAUCACUACUCGGAAAGAGAAGCCAGACAAGCCAAUUGCCGAUGGAUUCAGAUGGUUAAUAGAUACCAUUGUUGUGCAUUACAAAGAAAUCAAUAAACGAGUCGAUGCUGAUAUGGAAACUGAACGAAAACUACUAGAGAAGGAAAUGGAGGAAAGAAGAGAAAGGAUACGAAAGCUAAGGGCAGAGAGAGAGAGACAAGAAGCCCUUAAGAAUCAGGCCUUGGCUGCAAGAAACCAGGCACCUGGUGUCCCCGAUAGUGACGACUCUGAUGUUGUUGUUAGUGAUGUGACGCAGGGCCCAGGAAGCAGCGGCAUACCCAAUGGUGUAUUACCUCAGUCAAGAAGGAAGUCUGUUAAGCAAAGGAGAGAGGUAAGGAGAAACUCAACAGAUGACCAGGAGCUCAGGGAACUUGGUUUCAAGUCUCCUGCAGAUCUUCAGGAUUCUACCUCCUCUUCUUCCUCUGCAGAGCAGGCUUCCCCCGAGAGAGCACCAUCUUCCCCACCAAGUUCCAAAAGCCCAAGAAUAUCUUCAGAGACUGCAACUUCACCUUCUGAGACCUCUCAGCCAAGCAAACCUCACCGUGUCAUUCUAGUUCAAGAAUCUCCGACCCACUUGGCUGCCUCCAACAAUAACCUCUCUGUUAGUUCACCCUCCAGUACUGGAAAGGAGGUGAACUCUAAACACAGGCAGUCUCUUAGCUCACCUUCCAGCGCUGAGAAGGAUAGAGACAGUAGGAUUCUUGAUCCAAUUAGUGCUGCGUAUGCUAAUGUGUUUGGUACCUCAAAGCUGGACCUUUCAAUUGAGAAGAGAGAGAAUGAGUGUGUUCCUAUUGACUCAGAUGAUGACCUCUUUGAUAUUCCCUCAUUGUCAAAAAGUGGUCGCCAAAGUAGCCUUCCUUCAGUUACCACACGGACAAGUUCAACACCUUCUAUUAUUAGCUAUAUUAAAGAUCACCUGGAGCUGGAAGCCACAGGUAAACCACCAAAGAAGAAAUCAUUUUUGAAAAGAUAUCAUAAAACAGCCCCAUUGGUUCAAAAUAAUUCAGCUGAACAUAAUUCUGUUAAUCACAAUUCAAGGGUUCCUCCACCGCUGGCAUGACACGGAAUGUAAGAGCUAAUGUUGAUAACAUUAGCUGUAAUAAUCAUAUUCUUUAAUGAUCUGUUUUACUGUCCAGGGUUUUAGAAAAUGGACAUGUCAAUUUUACAUAACCAGUUAAAGGAAAUAGAAGUAAUGGGCAGAUUUUAUAUUUACGAUCAUGGGCAUAAAAGGUAUUUCCAAGCUAUAAUAACUAUGAUGUGAUAUUGUAUAGGUUGGAAAGGAUGACAUCCAAUAUGGCUCCAAAAGUGAAAAUUUAAGAAUUUUUUUUUUUAAGGGAACAAUGAACUCAUUAAUACAUGCAUUCCAGUAAAGAAUUACAGAUCUUUUAAUAUGUGGAAGUGUGAGAGAAGUCAUGAAAACAUCUAUGUUAGAUGGGAGUAAUAGCGGUGGAUACCAAUAACAUUGUACUGUAUAUAGUACGUGAGCAAUAGAUUUUGUUCAAAACAUUAUGAUCUCGUGUAUGAAGUGUUCCAUAAUUAAGUAAUGAGAUUUCUUAGUAGAAGUAAGUUGUUCUAGUCAUUAUAUAUCCAAGAUAAUAGAUACUUAAAAAUAUGUGACUUUCUGCUAGAAUGCUUGAAAAUAGAAAGCUUCUAGAAUUUUUGUUUUAUAAUGUCUUACUACAGUGAUUUAUGUAUCAGAGCAGUAAUUUAUGAUUUACUUGAAUUGUAAUAGCAUUUGAUUUUAAAACUGUGGUGAGAGUAUCCUAUCAGAAGCUACACAAUAGUGUCUGUGGAGAGUAAUAUGAGAAGUUAUUUCAUUGGCUCCAUAUUUCUUGGUCUUUUUCUUAUCUAUGUGUAUACAAGUUUGAUCAUUUUUAUUUUUUGGAAAUAUUUAUUUUUAUACAGACUAACAUUAUUGUUGGAUUAAGUUGUUUUGUUUGUUUGUUUCUGUUUUGAAGGGUAUAAUUUAAAUUAUAGUCUUUGUUAAGUAUCACACAUGAUAUAUGUUAUAACUGAAUCAUAAAGUACUGUUACCAUGCAACCAGAAAAUAGCCUUGAAUAACAAAAAUAAUCUGUUCUCUUCUUACAAAUUCUAAUGAUAAUGUGUGACAUUUGUCUUUAAUUCACAUUGAACAGUAAGACAAGAAAAAUGCAGCACUAUCUGAAUGUCCAGUAAGAUUUGCAUUUUCUUUUAUUUUGGCAGUACUACUGGAUUUUUAUUAUUAUUUUGUUACAAAUUUUGGUGUGUCAAAUAAUAGAUUGCAUGAAUACAAAAUUAUUUUUAACUGCAAAUUAAUAUUCAUUUUAUAUUCAUAUGGGAGGAGAGUUCCUUCCAGCUAAUAGUGCUAGUAAUAUAUGAGAAAGAAAAAAAAUUAUGUGUUGAAUAUAAGGAAAGAUCUAGUCCCUGGAGAAAUAUAUGUAUGAUGCAAUGUCUUUUUUCUUUGUAGCAAAGCAACAUAUUUUUAAAAUGUGAUCUGUUAAUACUGUGCUAGUCGCUCUGUACAAAUACCAUUGCAUAAGGUUUUGUAGUUAUGUGAAGUACUUUAGAUGCUAGAAUUCAAUAUCUGUAAGUUAUUUCAUUUCUUAGCAAGUACAAGGACAUAGACUCUGUAAUGUAUAAAAAGUACUAAUUAUUGCCAAAGGUAAAAGAAAUAACUUAUCAA